ACAUCGGAGAAACGAACGGCCGCUAAGUUCAUUCGAGUCGGCUUGUCGUCGUCGUGGUGGGUGGUGAAAGGUAUGGUCUAAAGUAUUUAUGUAACUUCACUUUGAUGAAGCGGAAAACAGCCGGUCGCUGUCACCGGACCAGGACGACGGAUAAGGCUCGCCAGACGAGCGAGGUCACGAGGUUGUACGCGGAUCGACCGCUGAAUUAGGAUCCUCUGAGAGGAUGGGCUCUGGCCAGAGCGCUCGGAAGCUGACCAUCUCGAACGAGGAGGAGGUCGGGGUGAUCAAGGUAUCGAACGCGAUUGUGCAGCGUCUCGCCCAGAAUGAGAAAUCGCGGUCCUGCGAACCGUCGCCGCCGCCGUCGCCGGGCGCGAAACCCACCGCCGCGCCGACUCAACACCCGGCGGCACCUCCCGGUGCCGCGACAGCCGCGCCUCAGGCCGGCGAAGCGACGCCUGGGCAGCCGGUGUAUUAUUAUCCGGACUUAACCAUGUCAGCCCUUCAAAUGCAGCAGCAGAUGGAAGAGGAGCUGAAGCGGCAGGAUCAGCACUGGCAGAAGCGCCUGCAGAAUCUGGAGGACGGUUACAAAAAGAUCAAUCACAUCUUGAAAAAAGAGUACCAGAAGACAGCUGACGAGACUUCUAUCACUGGACAGAAAAUUGACGAAAUUCAGAAUACAGUGCAACCAUGUUUGGAGAACAGUAACAAGGUCCUGAAGUGUUUCCAGGACCAUCCCAAGGAGACUCUUAAAUGUUCGAACUUGGUGGAAGAGUUUUCCAACUGUGUCUGGAACGUGCACUAUUCGCGCGUGAUCGAAACACGUUCGUAAUACGUUCUAUUUGUGCGUCACGUGGAUCCCCAAAGGACAUUUAGUUGAGAAUUAAUAAAAUUGUACAUCAAAGUGUAAAGUCUAAAUUGCUUAAUAUCAGCAGAAUUGUCGCUGAUGGAGAAAGUAGUACACAUAAAGCAGAGUACAUGAGGAAAAAUGUAAAAAAUAAAUGAAAUAUAUUGAUUUAUAAUAAAAAUGAUUGUUACAUAUGCGAGAUAAAUAUUGUUAAGCCAAAGAACACACAAAGUACAUUUUUUUCAUUAAUAAGUACUUAUCCCAGAUCUAAUCAGCAUUCAGCAAUAGAGUUUAUAAUACCGCAUGUGGCUAAAAAUUUAUUAACUAAAAUAAUGAAAUAAUAAGUGACAGUUGACACGCCUGAUUGAAAUAAUUUGUAUGUACAUAUAUUACUUCUCCGAAAGGAAAUACAAAACUGUAACGAAAACUUUAUAGAAUACUUAAAAUUACAUGAUUAAUUAUUCAUAAAAAUAAACGAGAAUGUAUCACGAA